AUGGGAGAAGUUCAUUCGCCCAGAUUAGAUAAUUUCAGCAAUCGUAAUCGUCGUGAUCAUCAUCGCUCAAACAACGGUGGAAGUCCGAGCAUGCAUCGCAACAUGUCGAUGGGCAUGGGCGGUGGACAGCGUGGUGCGGGCAGCUUCUCGGGCAUGGCAUUCACCGAGUCUGAACUGAUGGGUGAUCUGCCCAAAAAGAAGUUCACUGGUCGUUGCCGGCUUUUCGUCGGCAAUCUACCUAACGAGGUGAAAGAGGCUGAGCUCAAGGAGUUGUUCUCACCCCACGGCGACAUCGCUGAAUGUUACCUGAGCGGUAAAGGAUUCGCUUUUCUGAGAAUGGACACUCGUGCUCACGCAGAAAGUGCUAAGGAGGCGAUUGAUGGCCGUGUUAUCCACGGGCGUCAAGUCCGCGUGCGCUUUGCUGUGCACGGCGCAGCUCUACGCGUAAAAGAGCUUUCGCCAACCGUCUCAAACGAAAUGCUAUUCCAUGCAUUUUCACAUUUUGGUGACGUAGAGCGUGCCGUGCACAUAGUCGACGAGAAGGGUCGUCCCACUGGCGAAGGAAUUGUCGAAUUUGAACGCAAACCAUCAUGCAACGAAGCUAUGACAGCGAUUAAGGAAAAGGUCUUCUUGUUGACCGCGAGCCCUAAACCUCUCGUCGUCGAGCUCCUCGAGCCGAGAGAUGAAGACGAUGGACUUGCGGAAAGAAUGAUUCCUAGAACUUCCCAGCUAAUUAAGUAAGU